UUCUCUUAUCCGGAAGUACAGUUAACGCCUGCAAGGAGACCACGACCCACAAUGCAAAUGAAAUACAUGCCCUAUUAUUAUGAGAAGGGAGUAGGCUUUCGAAAUAUUCUAGGGAAUUUAUUUCAAAUUUUAUACCAGUUUCAUGUAUUUUUACUAAAUCCAGAACUAUGACAAAUACAUGGGGAACAGAACUGUGGGAUCAAUUUGAACCUAUAAAGAAACAUACAGAUAAAGGGAUUGAAUUUCUUCAAAAGUUUUGUAGUUUUGCACGAGAAAGGCAAUCCAUAGAAAAUGAGUAUGCAGUACGCAUUAAACAACUAGUUAAGAAAUAUCAACCAUCCAAAAAAGAUGAAGAGGCCUACAAUAAAUUCACCUGCACCAAAGCGUUUGUAGGAUUACUUAAGGAAUUAAAUAGUGUUGCGCUACAACAUGAGACAAUAGCGGAUAAUAUAGGAUCAAAGGUAACAAAAGAUGCAGGCAUACUAAGUGGUGAAUUGAAAGUAGAACGAAAGCAAAUAAUUAAAGAAGGAGAAAAGGAAGAGAAAAAAUAUCAAGAUUCCUUAGAUACAUUGAGCAGGGUGAAGAAACACUAUGAGCAAGCCCACAAAGCCUAUGAGCAGUCAAAAGCCAAUUUCAUACGUUCAGAUAACGAUCCGAAUCAAACAAAAGCGGCUGUUGAAAGGUUAAAAGGAAUCAUGAAUACAAAAAACCAACUGAGAGAGGAAAGCAGGAAUGAGUACAUAUUACAGUUACAGAAGACCAACUCUGCACAGAAAGAACAUUAUUUUACCAAUAUGCCAGCCGUGUUCCAGAAAAUGCAAAACAUGGAUGAAAAGAGGAUCAGAUCGUUGUGCGAUUUCUACAAAAAGUUUUCAGAAUCACAGAAUCUUGUGAAUCCAAUUCUAGUCAAGUGCUUAGAAGCUAUGGUUCAAGAAGCAGAACAAAUCAACCCUGGUUCAGACUCUGUGAUGGUGAUAGACAAAUACAAAUCUGGUUAUGUCCCGCCAGGCGAUAUUGCAUUUGAAGAUCUUGAUGUUGAGCCCACCUACCAAUCGAAGCCAGCUGACACGGAUUCUAUAUCCUCUGAAAUUGAUAUCGCAGUUACCCCAAGCAACGGUAGUGGAACGAUCUCAGGAAAAGCAGCUAAAACAAAAACAAAAAGAAAAGGGCUGUUUGGUAAAAAGGAUACAGAUAGCCCUGAUCGCAAAAAUAGAAUACUACAGAAACCUUCGUUUAGGAGAAAGUUCAAAUCAAAGAAAUUUGAGGAACCAAAGGAGGACUUUAGUCAUUUACAACCUAAUCAACAGAAAAAGAAACUGGCUGAGAAAAUUGAUGAGCUGAAUGCAAAGAUUGACAAGGAACAGAAAGAAAGAGAGGGUCUGUUGAAGAUGCGUGAUGUUUACACAAAGAACACAUCGCUAGGUGACCCCACAUCAGUGGAUGGGCAACUACAGCAGAUUGGCAAGCGAAUGGAUGAAUACAGACUAGAACUGCAGAAAUAUCAGAAAUAUGUGGGUAAUGCACCAUAUAGCAAUAGUAGUAAUCGCAACUCGUACAUGGAUAAAGCUGAAGGAAAACCUGUGACUACUUCGAAGGCUCAAACACCAGCUAAGGAGCAAACUAACAAUCCCAAGCAAACUGUAACAUCUCCACCUCCGCCGGACUUCUCGUCAUCCAUCCCAGCGCCACCACCUCUUGAUGGUCUUGCCAGCACACCUUCCAGUACACAGUCCAUGACUAUUACAUCACCUGCUAACUCUACAUUUGACAAUAGCAGAAAUAGGACAUUUGUGAAAACUCAACUUGGGUUGUGUUUUUGA